AUGACCAGCACCACGCACCUCUUCAUCAUCCUCUGCCUCUCCCUCAUCCUCUACACCAUCUACGGCGCCAUCUACCGUCUCUAUCUAAGUCCUAUUUCGAAAUUUCCAGGCCCCAAACUCGCUGCUUUAACUCUGUGGUACGAGUUUUAUUUCAACGUCGUUUGUGACGGACAAUGGAUUUGGGAAAUUAAACGGUUGCAUGAGGUUUAUGGCCCAAUUGUGCGUAUUAAUCCGUAUGAAUUACAUAUAGAUGAUUUGGAAUACUAUGAUGAGUUGUAUGCGGGUAGUACGAGGAAACGGGAAAAAUACCCCUGGUUCAUCAGCAGCAGCGGCUCCCCGGGAAGUGCCUUUGAAACCAUCGGACACGAUUUACACCGCCUGCGUCGAAACGCCGUCAACCCCUUUUUCUCCAAGCGAUCCAUUACCUGCAUGGAACCAGUCAUCAAAUCGAAAAUAUCCCUCUUAUCCAACAUAUUCCAGCGACAUUCCAUCGACUGCACGCCUGUGAAUCUGCGCGUUGUGUUUUCCUCGCUCACUUUGGAUAUUAUAUCUGAUUAUUGCUAUGGAGAAGCUUUUGGGGCGUUGACUGAUGAUAAUUUGGCUGAGGUGUGGAGUACGACGCUUUCGCAAAUUAUGUCGAUUACGACUUUGAUUAUGCAUUUCCCGGUGCUUUUUAGGAUUAUGAAAUGGUUGCCUGAUAGUUUGGCUGGACCGGUAUUGAGACAUCAUAGAAACUCCCGAACCCAAGUCCAGCGCAUCCUCGACCACUCCGAUACAAAAGUACCCCAAACCACCAUAUUCCACGCCCUCCGCGACAGCGCGGUCCUCCCGCCCCACGAAAAAACCCUAGAUCGACUAGCUGACGAUGGAAACAUUCUUGUCGGUGCCGGAGGUGAGACGACUGCUCAAGCACUCGCUGUACUGUUUUAUCAUCUCCUUGAUAAUCCGGUUAUGUUGGCGAGGGUUAGAGAUGAGGUACUUAGUUUGGGGUUGGGGUUGGGGGUCGAUGAUGAGAUUACUUGGAAACGAUUGGAGGGAUUGCCGUUUUUGUCGGCGAGUAUUACUGAGGCAUUGCGGUUAUCGAGUGUGGCAACUACACGACUUCCAAGGAUUGCUCCGGAUGAAGAUUUGAAAUUUCGGGAGUGGAUUAUUCCGGCUGGUACCCCAACCGGCAUGACCUACCACUUCAUCCACUACUCACCCAUCAUAUUCCCCUCACCCCAAACCUUCGACCCCACGCGCUGGCUCGCCUCCUCCUCCCCCUCAUCAACAACAACAACAACAACAUCAACAUCAACAUCAACAUCAACAUCAAAAGUCCGCCUUGAGAAAUAUUUCAUGCCUUUCUGCAAGGGCACUCGAAUAUGUCUUGGGAUUAAUCUAGCCUACGCCGAAUUAUAUCUCACCACCGCCCACAUACUAACACGAUUUGAUUUUUCCCUCUACGAAACAACAAAAAAAGAUGUGGAAAUCAAGCGUGAUCAUUUUGUUGCGGCGCCAGCGGCGGGUAGUAUGGGGAUUAGGGUGAUUGUUACUGGGGAUCGGGGAGAGUGA